AACUAGCAAUAUCUCCUCAUUAAUGCAAGCAAGCCAUCAUCAAGAACAAAUCAUAUCCAAUAUCCUUUCUUCCCUUUUACAUUAUCAUUCUUUUACUCUUCUUAAUUUCGAGAUACAACAUAGUUUGGUACGAUCAUUUACAAUAUAAUGUAUCCAAAACUCAUAAAAAAUCAUUAGUAUUUUAACUAUUUUAUCAUUCAAUCAUUAAAACCCAUUAGGGGCAUAGAUGCACUUUCAUGAGUGUCUUGAUUCUAAAGAACUUGGGCCGACUAAGCCAUAAUGGGCCACAUCAUUUGGUAUUCCAAUUAUGACAAUCUACUAAAUUGAACCGGCCCACCAAAGUAAAGAUCAUAGUCACGACAGAGGAAUAUAAAGCGCUUCCUCCUUGCUAUUCUUCGAGCGGUCCCAUUUCCUUUCUUCACAACCAGAGCUUCCCAAUAGCGUCGUCGUCUUGAGUGGCAGAUGGCGCCUCCAGUCAAAGGAUGGCAAGUGAGCAAGAAUCGCUGCAGAUCUAGCCUUUUAUGGUCAGGGUUAGAGACCCAUCGCCGAGAGCAGAGGGCGGACGCUAGCGCCACAGAGGAGGAGGCACAAGUCCAACCAUGGUGGCUUCGAAUCAAUCACGGGCACAGCAUCGGGAGCAGCAUCGCGGGCAGCUCGGAGACGGGAUCGAUGGAGGAGGACGGCGGCUCCGGCUCCGGCAGCGGCAGCAGGGAGCCGUUCGUGGCUGGGGCGGGAGCGGGGACUGGCGCCGGCAACAGCAACGGCGGCGCUGGAGCAGGCACCAGCGCGAAGCUGCCGCAGGUGCUGCAGAAGAGCUUCGGCGAGGUGCAGGGGAUCCUGGAGCAGAACCGCGUGCUGAUCCAGGAGAUCAGCCAGAACCAGGAGACCCGCGACGCGGACGGCCUCACCCGCAACGUGGCGCUCAUCCGGGAGCUCAACACCAACAUCGCCCGCGUCGUGGACCUCUACGGCGACAUGUCGGGGUCCUUCGCCCGCGCCGUCGCCGCCAAGAAAGCCGCCGGAGGCGACAAGGGGGGACCCAAGAGGCCCCGCUCCGCCGGCGCCGGUAGCCAGCAGCAGCAGUAGUAGAGCGUGUCGCCCCGCGAAUCCAUUAGAGAGAGAGGCUGGCUCCGUCGUGAUUCACCGCGGCGGUCAGGGAACUCUGGGUCGGCCGGUUGGGGGUGGUGCAUUUGGGAACCUCUUUCUUUUUCUUGGUCUGGUGAA